GCUUCUCUCCUGGCGCGGACCUUGGCGCGGGUGAUGGCCGCUGUUUCCGUCGUGUCUACGUUGGCCACCCGGCUCCUCCGGCUCGCUCAGAGCUGCCGCCUCCGUUAUCGCCCCAUCCACCUCUCGGUAGUUCGAAAUGAAGCCGUUGUCAUUUCUGGAAGGAAACUGGCCCAGCAGAUCAAGCGGGAAGUGUGGCAGGAAGUGGAAGAAUGGGUGGCUUCGGGCAACAAGCGGCCGCACCUGAGUGUGGUUCUGGUGGGCGAGAAUCCCGCAAGUCAUUCCUACGUCCUCAACAAAACCCGGGCCGCUGCAGAAGUGGGAAUCAACAGUGAGACAAUUGUGAAACCAGCUUCAAUUUCAGAGGAAGAACUGUUGAAUUUAAUCAAUAAACUAAAUAAUGAUGAUAAUGUAGAUGGCCUCCUUGUUCAGCUGCCUCUUCCAGAGCACAUCGAUGAGCGAAAGAUCUGCAACGCUGUUUCCCCAGACAAGGAUGUUGAUGGCUUUCAUGUAAUUAACGUAGGGCGAAUGUGUCUGGACCAGUACUCCAUGUUACCGGCUACCCCGUGGGGUGUCUGGGAAAUAAUUAAGCGAACUGGCAUUCCAACCCUAGGGAAGAAUGUGGUUGUGGCUGGGAGGUCAAAAAAUGUUGGAAUGCCCAUUGCCAUGCUGCUCCACACAGAUGGGGCGCACGAACGUCCUGGAGGUGAUGCCACUGUUACGAUAUCUCAUCGAUACACUCCCAAAGAACAACUGAAGAAACAUACAGUUCUUGCAGACAUUGUGGUCUCUGCUGCAGGCAUUCCAAAUCUGAUCACAGCAGAUAUGAUCAAGGAGGGAGCUGCAGUCAUCGAUGUGGGAAUAAAUAGAGUGCAAGAUCCCAUCACUGCUAAACCCAAGUUAGUUGGAGAUGUGGACUUUGAAGGAGUCAAAAAGAAAGCCGGUUACAUCACUCCAGUCCCUGGGGGUGUUGGUCCCAUGACAGUGGCAAUGCUGAUGAAGAAUACCAUUAUUGCUGCAAAAAAGGUGCUGAGGCUUGAAGACCAGGAAGUAUUGAAGCCUAAGGAGCGUGGAGUAGCCACCAAUUAACUGUUGUGUCUUCUGUCACGAACACCACUCCAAGCCGGUCAGAGAGGCGAAACAGGCCAAUAGAAAUGCAAUAUUUUUUAUUUAUUUUACUGAAAUGGUUUAAAAUGAUGCUUUUUGUAUUUAUUGAAAGCAGAAAUGGGGGGGGGGUGUGCCUGUGCGCAUGGCUCUGCCGUACCUCAGCACAGAGCAUGCUGGCCUCCUGCUGGGUCGUGUGAGCCCGCCAAGAGAAGCCGUUCACCUGGUGAUGAACGUGGAGGACAUCGUCCCAUUAAGAGCAGGUGCUUAACUUGAUCAAGCCACUUCAGUUAAAAUUUGCCUUUUCUAGGAUUGCAUUUCCUAAGUGCUAUUUCAAUAAGAGUUGAUACUCACAUUAGGUUCCAAGCCUUUUGAGUUCAACUGGUCAAACCAAAGGAAAAAUGUUGCUAGAGAAAAUUAGGGAAAAAGUCAAAAGGAAGAAAUGAUAAUUGAGUAGAAAAAAAACAUUACUGUAACUUACAUACCUAUGGUAUGUAAAACUAAUUGUGAAUGGAUGGUGUCCUGAGCUGUCAUUCCGUGGCUUAGUCAUUGGGAAAAUAUUUAGGGUAGUUCCACGUCAGUCCUCACCCCACGUGUAUUAUAUUCACGAGGCUUUCCCAUUUUCCUCUAGGACUGAAAGGCUUAUUUUAUUUUAUAGAUUAUUUGUGUGUGUUGUCAUAUUUGGCUUUUCCUCCAUCCUUAAACUUCACUGUUACAUCUUUGUACUCUUGGCGGUGCCUGUAUGGUUUCCUUGGGAUAUCUUGAAACCUAUUUUUGAAAAACAAAACUUGGGCUUGAUAAUCAUUAGGAUUAGGGCAGCUUGUUUAAGUAUGAACUUACUUUUCCACCAAAGACUUGUCAGCAGCUGCCUGCUUUUCUCAGAUGUAUUUGUUGACUUUCCCCAAUGGGUUUUUGAGAACUUGAGUUCACAUUGAAUUUAAUCAGACUUUCUGAUUAAAAGGGUUUUUUUG